AUUGCUCAGGGAGGAAGAUGACUAGAGUCAAGUAAGGAUAUAAGAUUAUAGAAGAGGACUCAGGUUUUUUGGGAAAGGACUUUAAACAGGGAAGGCCUGGAUAGGGAUUUGAGAACUUUGGGAAUGAUUUUGUUUAUUGUAAUGAAGUCCAGCCCCAAGGUAGAAUUCCUGAUGAUGAAUAUCAUUGGAUGAAUCCCUGGUUGUUCACAAAAUAACAUAUUUUAAAGUAAUCACUGUUUUUUGGCACCAGACAAAUGUAGGCUAGGAUGCUUUCAACAUCCAAAGCAUUCUGGCUCAGACAAAUCCUGCUCCAUUUUGAUCUUGGUCUGAGCUGUCACAACCUGGAUAUGUUGUGUGCAAAGUGACUCAAUACUGAGCAAUGCCUGCUGAAGGAUGUUUGUACUCUAAGGAAACUACAACUCAGUCCUUUGUCCCAGCCAUACUGGAGAAAUGCCAGCAUUACAGUGUUUUUGCCAUCUCUGUACAAAAGACAACUUUACAUGUGUGACGGAUGGGCUUUGCUUUGCCUCAGUAACACGGACUCCAGACAGACUCAUACACAAUAGCAUGUGCAUAGCAGAAGUUGAUCUGAUUCCACGAGACAGGCCAUUUGUUUGUGCCCUCUCGUCAAAGGAUGGAGUUGUUACUGCGCCUUACUGCUGUGUCACAGACUACUGCAAUAAAAUAGAACUUCAAAUUCCAACACCAGGCCCUACUUCUGGAGAAUCAUCUUCUAAUCUGGGACCUGUGGAAUUGGCAGCUAUCAUUGCUGGACCAGUCUGUUUUGUUUGCAUUUCAUUAAUGUUGAUUCUGUAUAUCUGCCAUAAUCGUACUGUCAUUCAUCAUCGUGUACCAAGUGAAGAAGAUCCCUCAUUGGAUCGCCCUUUUAUAUCUGAAGGAACUACUUUAAAAGAUUUAAUUUAUGAUAUGACUACUUCUGGCUCUGGGUCAGGUCUGCCUUUACUUGUUCAAAGAACAAUUGCAAGGACUAUCAUUCUUCAAGAAAGUAUUGGGAAGGGUCGCUUUGGAGAAGUCUGGCGAGGGAAAUGGAGAGGAGAAGAAGUUGCAGUGAAGAUAUUCUCUUCAAGAGAAGAACGCUCAUGGUUUCGUGAGGCAGAAAUUUAUCAAACUGUUAUGCUACGUCAUGAAAAUAUUCUUGGAUUUAUAGCGGCAGACAAUAAAGACAAUGGUACAUGGACUCAGCUCUGGUUGGUGUCAGAUUAUCAUGAGCAUGGAUCACUCUUUGAUUACCUAAACAGGUAUACCGUUACUGUGGAAGGAAUGAUAAAGCUAGCUUUGUCCACUGCCAGUGGACUUGCACAUCUUCACAUGGAGAUUGUCGGCACACAAGGAAAACCAGCCAUUGCUCACAGAGACUUGAAAUCAAAAAAUAUAUUGGUAAAAAAGAAUGGAACGUGUUGUAUUGCGGAUUUAGGAUUGGCAGUGAGACACGAUUCAGCUACAGACACAAUUGAUAUUGCCCCAAACCACAGAGUGGGAACAAAAAGAUACAUGGCUCCUGAGGUCCUAGAUGAUUCCAUAAAUAUGAAACAUUUUGAGUCAUUCAAGCGAGCCGACAUCUAUGCGAUGGGAUUAGUGUUCUGGGAAAUAGCACGGCGAUGUUCAAUUGGUGGAAUACAUGAAGACUACCAGUUACCAUACUAUGACCUAGUCCCUUCAGAUCCUUCAGUUGAAGAAAUGAGGAAAGUUGUUUGUGAGCAGAAGCUGAGACCUAAUAUUCCAAACAGAUGGCAAAGUUGUGAGGCGUUACGAGUAAUGGCCAAAAUUAUGCGUGAAUGUUGGUAUGCCAAUGGAGCAGCUAGGCUAACAGCUUUACGCAUUAAGAAAACAUUAUCACAGCUCAGCCAACAAGAGGGCAUAAAAAUGUAAUCCUGGAUUUACUACUGACAAGCGCUUUAAAGAUCCAUGUCUGAACCUGGGUGGCAUGUUCAGAAGGUUAAUAGCUCUACCUCACUGAGGGAACAGAAGGAUAUUGCUGCCUUUUGAUACUUUAUAGGAACAUCCGUUGUUAGCCCCAGGAUUUCUGUGAACAUGGUAAACAAUUGUGUUUGGGUCUUUUUUGUGCACCUCUUUCCCAGGACGCUUACAAAACAUUGUGUAGUCUAGCGUUAUUUUUAUUAACCUGUAACUCUAUUUUAAAAGUUGAUUACCGGUCUUAACUUUUCAUUAACUGUGCUGAAGACAUGAAGAUCAUUUUAAGGUUUUGGAGCUUGUUCACUAAAUUGUAUACAGUGCAUUGAGGGUUCUUAAGUGAUUUUAUUUGUGGUUGGUACAACUGAGUAUUCUGAACCUCUGCAAAUUUUUUCUUUGAUUCAGGUUUUGAAUGUAUUAUUGCAGUAUAACUUUCUAGCUAUUAAGCUUGAAUCUAUUGGACACCUACCUUGAUUUACAAAAAUGACCUCAUUCACUUGUGGGGAACAUAAUUUAUGCAACUAUAUUUUGUAUACUGUUACUGUGCUUUCACUUACUCAGAACAUUGCAUUGCCUUCAAAAUAGAUUGUACUAUACCAGUAAGUGCCACUUCUGAGUCUUUCUAAUGCAAAUCAAUAGGAACAUACAAAGUUUAUGGUACUUGUGGUUUCAAAAAUGAGUUCAAAAAUGGAAUUAUUCCUUUGCUUAAUGACAUAAUUAACUCUAUUUGGCAUGUAGCUGCAUCAUUCUUGGAAUACCUUUUUUGCCAAGAUCUGAUUCUUAAACCACUGUAAGAAUUUAAAUGGUGUGCAAGUUAGUUAAUUCAGUGUUAUGUUCUAGAUCUACAUCACAUGUAAUAAGUUCUAAUUAUUAUAUCUAAGAAGAUUUUUUUAAUGAAGUGGCACUCUUAAAAUGUUUGUCAUACUCUUGUCUAAGAAAACUAGCGAGGACUAAAAGUUUUUAAGAUAAAAGGAAAGAAGUUUUACUCUUUGACAUCAUUUGUGAGAGAUUUACUUUUCAGUUCCUCAAAAUCUUUCCUUUUUCUUCUCGAACAGUAUUAUUUGCAAAGACAGGAAUUAACUUUAUGUAUAAUUAGAGAUGAUUAACUGUUAUAUUUGGGCUUGUUUUAUUAGGAAGUUAAAAGCUGCUCUAAAAUUAUACAUGCAUAUACUGUGUGUAUGUGACAUACACAAAGUGGUGAGCUGCAAGACUUUGGAUACACAUACCAGAAGGGUGUGGUGCCCUUGUUAUAGCUACAAGAGCAAAGAUAGUUUGUGUUGUCAUUAGAACCCUGAAAAAAUAUGCACAGAUUUACUCAACCUUCAAAUCUCCAACAGGUAUAUCUUUUCACAGGAUUUUAACCAACUUUUAAGAUACAGAUUGUAUCACUACCUGUCUCUCUCUUUAAAAUUGUUAAACACAUGGGGGGCGGGGGAGAAAUCAGGAGAAUAAUCUUUGUCCUGAAACUAAGUUUUUAACAGUUACAAAUAUCAGCUUGGGUAGCAGGCAUUUGCCUGUUGUUGACUUUGCCAGUGCAUGUGCGCACACACAUGCACACAAAGGAUUGUUAUAUGCACAACCCCCACCCCCUAAGUCAUCUCUCAGUCACACUCACACACCUUAAUCAUACACAAAUGAUGUAUGCAAUUUUAACUCUGUUCCCCUUUAAACCUUCAUAUAUCUGCUUAGGUAAUUUUUCACCAGUACAAGUAGCUAUGUGGCAAAAAGGUAGUUUGGAGAAGGGAUGUUAGAAUUUCAUGUAAAGUUGUGUUGCUUGCUCUGUAAUAUAUGCUAGUUGUAGUAACAGGUUUAAUUGCCUUGCUUUCUGAGAUGUAUGCUCUGAAUUGUGCAAUGUAUAGCAACCCUAACUGUUUUUUAGUUUUUUGUUUCUUAAUAAUAGCUGGGGGUAAAACUUAAAUGAAAUGGGGAUUGUAGACCUCCGGUGUAGGGAUAGAAGUGCAACUGCUGACUAUUUUAUCAGCUACUGAGCGUGAACCCCCUAUUCUGCUAUAGGAUAAAAUCUGGCAGAAAAGUGAAGCUCCUGGUGGAGAAUGAUUUGAUUGGAUCUGAGCACACACAAAUUUGAAGUUUGCAUACACCUGCCCCGUCCAACCAAUCAGGCUGGCAUGUCCUCAGCCCCAUCAAUCAAACGUGUGUAAACUUGGCCAUAAUCAGUGAGGUUUAUAUGCAUAAUCAGUCAUGUCUGUGUGCACUCAGACUCCAUCAAUCAAGUUUAGGUGCACGACACAUCAACUUCCAGCUAUAACCUGAACAGCUAAAAAUAACCCUAAAUACAAUAUUUAAAAAACAAACUAUCCAUUGCAUCUGAUCUGUUCAGCAUCUACCUCUUUAGCAGGUUUUUUGCAGAUAUGUGAUUGGUCAACAAUACAAAGUAGGACAACCAUGGGAAAAAGUUAAAGCCAGCACCAAAUUUCAAAGACUUCCCAUUAAAAAAUUUGAGGCGAGACCAAGUAAAAACUUGCAUAGUUCUUACACCCUCUGAAUUUUUUAACCCUGGGUGAUAUUUCGCACUAUUUGGCUCCCUAUUUUAGAGAGAAAGAUAUUUGUCACAUUUUAGAUGCAGAGUUAACUAUGGAGUAUCCACCCGGUGUCUCCAUAACUUUGUAUUCUGUAAUCUGUAUUUUGGGAUUUGAUAGGUGAUCUUAGGGUUUAUUUUUAGUGAAACCAUGUUUUAUCUGACCUUUACAAUAGCAGUGAAAUGGAUAUAUUUCACAGCUAUGAUUUUAGAAAAUAUUACACACUUCUGUGUUAUAAAAAAUACAGUACUAUCAAGCUAAAAGAACUAGAGCCAGAUACACAGGAUUGCAGGAGGCAAAUUGCUCCAGUCAGCUGCACACUCAGAUAUAUAGAUAUGUAUAGAUAAUGUUGUCUUCCCCACCUACUAGGCAUAGCUUUCUUUAGAAAGCUGCAAUUUUUUCUAAAUUUGUCCUCUGAAUUUUUCAACACUUUGUAGUGGAAAUUUGCAAAAAGAUGGAUUGAUGUAUUGUCCAAUUUUAAUGAAGAUUAUUUUGAGGACAAACAUGUGAAUAUCAUAAAAUGCACAACAGAAAAAUUGUGAAUAAGCCUGUGUGUACUUUGGGUUCAGAUGACAUCACAAAUAGUUUAAGCUUUGUUCUUGUUUUUCCAUUAUACAAUCUGAAUGCCUUUAUUGAAUGUGUAUGUCUGGAUAUUACAUGCAGCUUUUGAUGUUACCUGUGUAAAAAUCAUAUGUGCACACAGGCGCACAUUAAUAUUUUUUAAACUAAUCUUGUAAAUCACCAGUUUUGCUCUGAGACAUCCAGGGGGACCAAAAUAUUUUCGCAUUCAAAAUACUAAUUUUAUAUCAUCUUGAGGGUAUACCAAACAAUUUGAUAAGAAAUACUGAUGCAAAUGUUUGUUGUAAAUAUACAUACACUAUACAUACAGUUCUUCAAGGUUAAUUCAUUUUAUUAAAUUGACAUUUUAGUAGCACUAAAGCCUCACUUCAGAUUACAGACGUGGCCAGACCGCUGUGGACAAACAUAAGGAAGAUGGUUGGAAAUGGACUGGUAUUGAAAAGACUCAAAAGUCCCUUUUGGGAUACUGGAAUUCUUCAGGGACCCUCCAACCUUGAAAGCUGGAAUUCUGGGACGUUUUAGAAGCUGUCUGUUCAGCACUCGCACUCUUUCUCCCCCAAAUUAAACUACUUUCACUUGUAAUCCUAAUGUGGACUUUGUAUAUAGGGAUAAUGACAUUGGGAUUGACUCUGUGAGGACUUUAAGCUAUCAAGUGAAGUAAGAGGCUAUUUUUUUAUUUUAUUUUUUUUUACAAAAUAAUUGUGAGUUUCAGUGCCAUGAAAUCUUCUCUUUUUGUUAGCUCCUUGUUUAUAUUGUGCCAUUGAAAUUAUCAUACAUGUAAAAGAGAAGCUUCAAUGUCAGUUGCUUUAAACUUAAAUUACCUCUUAAAAGACCAAGGUACAUUUACCUCAUUGUGUAUAUAAUGUUUAAUAUUUUUCACAACAUUCUCCAAGUUUUCAAUUAUGUGUUUCUAGAAAAUAUGGGUAUUGCUAAAUUUACAACUUCAGUGGUACUAACUAUAUUGUUUCUCAUGCCCAGAAUACGCACUCUUUUUAUUUUCUGUAUUUUAUUGUAUUUCUGUAAGUUUGUUGCUGCUUUGUCAAUGUAGCAUCUGCCCUUCCAGAGCUGUGUAGAAUAAUGCUUUGUAUAAAUUCUGCAUUUUGGGUGAUAAACUUGAGAAUCCUGUACAGAUGAGUUUGUCAUUUUUUUUUUAAACCUUACAAAAUUGUGCAUUUUCCCCUUACAUUUCUGAAAAUGAUGUAUUGUAUUGGUAGAGUAUACAGUACAAUGGAUUGUAAAUAGGAAAGUAGAAGAGUGAUGCUUAUGUUAAGUGCUAACACUACAGUAGAAAGAUUAAAGCAAUGAAAAUAAAUUACUUUUUUCAAAGUA